AGGGAUGGGCCAUUCCGCGAAACGGCGGGGCAGCGACGAGCGGCGAUGGCGCGGAGGGCCCUGGCGCUCGGCGUGUUUGCGCUCCUGGCGCUGCUCGGCCUGGGGGCGGCCGCUGAGGCGCCGAAGGUGGAAGUGUACGCCCGUUCGCAUGCCGAGGAGGGAAAGGCGAACACUCUCCACUGCUUUGUCACUGGCUUUCACCCACCCAAGAUUGACAUCGAACUCCUGAAGAACGGGGUGCCCAUGCCCGGCGUCACCUACGGGGACUUGUCCUUCAACGACAAGUGGCAGUUCCAGCGCCUGGUCUAUGCGCCCUUCACCCCCACAACGGAGGACACCUUCUCUUGUAGGGUGGCGCAUUCCACCAUGCCGGAGGCACGGGAUUACAAAUGGGAACCAGACUUCUGAGCUGCGUCUGGGAUAAUCCGUGAUUUGAGACAUUCUUCUUGCAAGUCAGAGUCUUCUCAAGCUUCUGUCCAUUCUUCAUCAUAGCCACAAGACUGAUGAACUUCCUUUCCAAAAUUCACUAAUAAGCCUUGUUAGAAAUAUCACUUUAGCCACAGCAUCAAGGGAGCUCUGCAGGCUUUUGAGUUAAAAAUUUUACUGCUUAAAAAAUAAUGGUAACUUUUCACUGCUCAAAAUUUUACAGGAUUUUUAUCCUUUAAUAAACUGCUAGCCCUUAAAAUGUUUCUUCAGAGUCAUUUGACAAGCUGAUUUCACAGGCUCCGAUGGCCUCUGGGUUGUGGGUGAAUAUGUAGCCUUGGUGGCAUGAUGGGCAGUUGUGCUUUUUUUAUCCCACUGAGAAGAUGCAAGAUCACUUUUCCAUCAGUAAAAGAGUAUUAAAGAUUUUUUUGCUGGUGUGGUA